GAGGCACCAACUUUACAGGAUCUGGACUCCCUCUUACCCAACGCCUUGCCUCAAAGCGCUCGCUUACGGACUGCUGCCCCCGAGGGCACCUCGGAAGGCGAUGGCAGCGGCAGUACCGCUGCACCCCCGAGCCCUGCAGCCAUCCUCCCUCCCCGCGCACCUCUCGGGCCGCCUCCGAGCACCCGGCACCGCCCCUCCGCAGGCGCGGGGCUAUAAGUGAGGGCGGCUCGGAGAGGGGUACAGUGCUGGAGCCAUGGGGAAUCGUGUCACCCGCGGGGACUUCGAGUGGGUCUAUACUGAGCAGCCCCACACGCAGCGCAGGAAGGAGAUCCUGGCAAAAUAUCCAAGGAUCAAGGCUCUGAUGGGACCAGAUCCACAUUUGAAAUGGAUUGUAUCUGGAAUGGUUUUCACGCAGUUGCUAGCAUGCUAUCUGGUGAAAGACUUGUCUUGGAAAUGGAUUUUCUUCUGGGCUUAUGCUUUUGGGGGUUGCAUCAACCAUUCAUUGACCCUAGCCAUCCAUGAUAUUUCACACAAUGUCGCCUUUGGGAACAAGCAGGCCAAGUGGAACCGAUGGUUUGCAGUCUUUGCCAACUUGCCGGUUGGUGUCCCUUACUCUGCUUCCUUCAAGAAAUACCACAUAGACCACCAUCGGUACCUUGGUGGGGACAGCCUGGAUGUGGACAUUCCCACGGAUUUUGAAGGCUGGUUCUUCUGCACACCGCUUCGGAAACUGCUUUGGCUCUUUCUCCAACCUCUAUUCUACAGUCUGAGACCACUGUAUGUGAACCCCAAAGCAAUUACACAGAUGGAAAUUUUUAAUGCCCUUGCGCAAUUUUCUGUGGAUUUUAUUAUUUUCUACCUUUGGGGACUCAAACCUAUUAUUUACUUAAUAGCAGGUUCAAUUCUUUGCAUGGGCUUACAUCCCAUAUCUGGGCACUUCAUAGCAGAACACUACAUGUUCUUAAAAGGAUAUGAGACGUACUCUUAUUAUGGACCUCUGAACUGGCUCACCUUUAAUGUAGGCUAUCACAUGGAGCACCAUGAUUUCCCCAGUAUUCCUGGAAGCAAGUUGCCAAUGGUGAAGAAGAUUGCUGCAGAAUACUAUGACAACCUCCCCUACCACCAGUCCUGGAUUAGAGUCCUGUGGGACUUUGUAUUUGAUGACAGUAUUGGUCCUUACUCAAGGGUUAAGAGAAAAUGCAAACUGGCAAAAGAAAGCUAACAGAGCAGCUCCAGCUGCUGCAGUAGCAUUUUGUUUGUUUGAAUGGUUUGAGUGCUCUGCAGAAGAAGGAUGCUUUGCAUGUGCUUGAUGCAGCAUGGCUACGCGCUCUUGGGACGAAGAGGAUGAGUGUCUGCACUAUUUAAAAUACUGAUACUAUUUAAUAAGGGAUAUUUUAUGUAACCUUAAAAAACUAGAUGAGAGCAAGCUACACUCGCAUGAAUCUUGGUCUAGACUUAGAAUUAACUUCCUGGGACAUGUGCGUCCAAUUUGGAGUUUUGGCCUGGUCUGCAAUGAAGAAUAUUUGGUCCAUGAAUAGGCGUGCUUGUGUUUAGGUUAGGACUGGUUUCUCUUCAUGCCAAGCUAGAUGUAGAUGCUUUGCAUGCAUCAGACUGUGGAAGCAGGGAUGACUGGCAUGCAGUAGCAAAUGAUACUUUCUAGAGAGCACAAGGGUGCCCUCAACUCAAAGCAUUGCCUAAAUAUCUUGUGCCUGACAAUAGCUGCUUGCAGUGAUUUUGUAUGUGAAAUGGAAUACAUGUGUUUUGGCUUUUUUUUUUUAUAUGUGAAUCAAUAUUUUAUUAGCUGCUGUUUGACCUCUAUUUCAGGGCUUUUCCUAAACCUUUUCUGAGCCAUCUCUAUUCUUAGCAUUUGAUGUUCAGUGUAACUUAUUGACAGAGUUGAAUUGAGAUGUGGAAAAACCCUUUCUUUCUUUAAUCUUCAGCUCACUGACCAGCAAUGUGGCAUACUGCAGCUCGUGUUGUGAGAAAUGGCUAAUCCUUUUCCACUCAUCCUUUCAACAGUACUCAGAAUUUCGUAUUUCCUCAUACCUUUCACUACUAGAAGCCCCUCUGGGAGUGGAAGGGCUCUAGUUUAAAUUGCUCCUUAUAAGGGCUUUUACUAUUCCUGAUCAUCUAUCAUGGUCUUCUGCGUAUUGUACCUAUUUCUGUGAAUAGGAGUCGCUAUCACUGAAGACAUUGGAGAUGUUAUGGUGACAUUUGUUCCUAAUCACUUUCAGUACAGUUCUAACUUUUUCUGUGAUUCAAUGGGAACUGACUCAGCAAUCAGGAAGCAUGUGAUAUUCCAGCUAUAAAAACCAUCCCUAAUGGUGAUAAGGGGAUAUAAAUGGGACAUGGUGCUGGUAUUGUUUCUCUCCCUGCAUGCAGUAUAUUGCACUAUUGACAUUGACCUAGAUCUGCCAUUUCUAGCCCUUGGAAUAAUUCCAUCUUCCUGCCUCUCUUCUCCAACCACCAGCUUCUGGAUACCCUCAAUAACAGUAUUUCAUCAAAAAAAAACCUUAGUCACCAUACCUUUCUCCAUGCAGAAAAUACUGAAAAAUUUCUUGGGAGUUAGGAGCUGAUAUGUCAUCUAACAACUCUGGAAAGCUGACCGCUUAUAUCUGUCCUUACUAAGUGGACAAAAGAGAACAGAUCUACAAAGGUUCUCUUAAAAACUGAGAGUUUAAUCCCUCCAGUGGUUUUGACUUUUUGUUUUCUUCUAGAAAUCCACGUAUGUUACAAACGUGGAAUAAUAAUUCCCUAUAUGUUGAGCUCUUAAAGACCAUUACUGGACCUGGGAUGCCUGAUUCCCUCAAUAAACACAGUUUCGUUCUUAUCUCCUACAGCACUGCAUCCAGUGAGUCAUAUUGGUAUGACUUUUUGGCAGUUUGUCUCAGUCCUGCUGGCACUUCAUGAUCAGAUAUUCAACUUCCAGUGUCCUUAGCAAGCUGUUUCACAACUCUCAGCCAAUUUAGUAAGCAAACAUAAGAAGAAUAUUAAAGAUUAUUGUGUUCCUCAUUCUGUGUUAUUCCUCUGUAGAGAAUGACUUUUCUCUAGCUCCCUUAGCUGCUCUACAGUAUCAUUAACCUACUUGAUCCAUGUUAAUAGUCAAGCCUGAUACAGAAGCUACACUAUAAACUGAAGGUAAUAAAAGUUGUUGACUGUGUCUCACCUGCACAGCAGCUGUGUUCCCAUGCUGCUUUGUCACAGUCCUCCCAUUCUGCAGAGGGACUUGAAGGUGCUGGAAGUCCUGAUAUCUGCUGUGUUCUCAAGUAGCAAAGUACCAGUUUAAGAGGGUCACUAGUCUCUUGGUGAGGUUGAUCACAGCUGUUCUCUACCCUUAACACCUGACAGGUAGCCUCAGAACUUCAGUGAUCUGGGAUGGAUUUAUAGUGCUGAGUAAAGCACCUGGAGAUGGGACCAGGUGUUAUUGCUUCUACCAGCUAAGCCCCCCGUCCAUUCUGUGCACCUUGGGACUCUGCUCCCAUUAAAUGGCCCUGAACAAACUUCAGUUGAUUGUCUUAAUGACAGGAGGUGUGACCAUAGGACCACGUUGUAUCCAGGCUGUACUCAACCUGGGUGACAGUGUGGUUAUCGCUGACUGUAGGUGUAGUGCCACAUUCCAAGGUAAAACAUGAACUGAGCUAGGGCCCAACUUUGUCAAGCUUAAGAAAGAUUAACAGAGACUUUCACAGAAUGGCUGUGACUAUCUGUGAGGCAGAAGUUUAGAAAAGCGCUUGCUGUUGUCAGGUAUGCCAUCAAAUAGCAUAGGACAAGGGGUAAAGGCCUUACAUUGCUCCAGGGAAUGUUCCAGUUGAGUAUUAGGAAAAGUUUCUUCUCACAAAGAGCAGUACUGCAUUGGCACAGGCUGCCCUGGGAGGUUGGGGGGUCACUGUCCCUGCAGAUGUACAAGAAGUGUGGAGGUGUGGCACUGAGGUGUAUUGUUGGUGGGCAUGGUUGGGUGGGUUGAUGGUUGGACUAAAUGAUUUUAGAGGUCUUUUAAUUAUUCCAUGAAAUGGUUUUAUAAUUAAGAAACAUAUGAGCUACUGUAUAUUUAUACAGUAGACUAUAAUAAACUUUAGUGAUGUUUUGCUGAGUUCUUCCUCCCAGAAAGGCUCUUUUUCUCCUGGUCUUGGAGCUGUAGUGUUGUGUUUCACAUCCAUGCUUUUCUGCUUUAGUUCCCACAUGAACAUCUUAUCCUGCUGUCUAUCUUUCUCUAGCCAGGUGGGAAGCCAGCACUGAACAGCUAGCAGAUGUCAGGCUUGGACUGCAGAUUACCCUUCAAUUAAGAUUAAAUUUCCCUGAUUUAUCUAGUAUUUAGGUUUACAAUGUAACUGGAAAAAAAAAAAGUUUUCUAGAAGACAGAUGGGGUGGCUUUGAAGAUUGCUGAAGGACAACUGCAAGCUCUCCAAGCCAAAGCACAUAAAAGUUUAUAAGUAACCAGCGAGCCUGCCCCACCUCUGCCCUCCUGGGCAUCUUGCUGCUUGAAGGCAGUCACACAGGAUCAUGGAAUUGGGUGAGAAGGGAGCCCUGGCCCAAGCCCUGCUCCAGCAGGGCCCCACAGCAUCCUCCUGGUCCCUGCCUGAGGGCUGAGGAACGACCAUGGCCCCUGGGGCUCUGCAACAGCCCCCCUGGACCUGGUUUACAACAUGAAGCCAUCAGGAAGGCCCAAAGCAAGGUGGGGGAGCUUGGGAAACACUGAUUUCCACAGCUGAACUCCCAUCACUUUGUGUCUUUUACACAAAGCUGUCCAGGAGAUUGUAUGAUAUCUGCUGCCUUGUAAAUUUCACACCAAAUCAAGUCGAGCAGAAAUUCUCAAGAUUGCACUGAUGGAAAGAAUGGUAGCAAAGAAAAGAACACGUGACUUGAUAGGUAAGAGCAAGUGUGUGAUGAAGUGCUCAGCCAUGCUGAUGCAGCAUCCCAUACUCAUUUCUGAGACCUCAGCUUCCACAAAAUAAAGGUCAGCAAAGCCUGCACAGAGUUAACAGAUGGAAAUGUGAAAUAUUAAUGAGUGACUCCCAUAAGCCUCUAGUUCAGCAGCACAGCAUGUGGGAUUUCUGCUUUGCUGUGGCCAAGCUGCCCUAAUGCCUUCAGCAGCCUUGCUCUGAAUGACCCCCCUCUCCUCCCAAAAGCUCAAACAGGCACGAGUGGUGGGAUGCGUGGGUCUUGUUUUUACUGAGGAGAUAGAGCAGGACACUUAGUGAUGGCCUGAGGCAGCCAUAAACUGCCACCCUCCAC